GCUACUCAGCCGCACACUGUUCACCUCAUCGUUGUGGGCGCGCCGCUAAUGGAGCCCAAUCCCGAUCCAACCGUGGUGCUGCACGCCUGCUUGGGCGUGGGCCACCUGAUCCCCAUGGUGGAGCUCGCCAAGCUCUUCGUCCGCCGGGGCAUCGCCGUCGUCAUCGCCAUCCCGACCCCGCCGGCCUCCGCAGCCGGUUUCUUCGCCGCCUCCUCCUCCGCCGUCGCAGACAUCGUCGCCGCCAACCCUACCAUCUCCUUUCACCACCUCCCUCCCCCGGACUAUCCCAACCCGGACCCCGACCCCUUCCUGCAGAUGCUCGACGUGCUCCGCCUAACCGUGCCGCUCCUCCUCGCCUUCCUCCGCUCCCUCCCCUCCGUCGCCGCGCUCGUCCUCGACCUCUUCUGCAUCGACUCCCUCGACGCCGCCGCCCAGAGCGGCGUCCCGGCGUACAUCUACUACACAUCCUCGGCCGGCGACCUCGCGGCCUUCCUCCACCUGCCCCACCACUUCGCCACCACGGAGGGGAACUUCAAGGACAUGGGCAAGGCGCUCCUCCGCUUCCCCGGCGUCCCGCCGAUCCCGGCGUCCGACAUGCCGCACACCGUGCUGGACCGCGCGGACCGGACCUGUACCGCGCGGAUCGGGCACUACGGGCGCAUCCCUGAGGCGCGGGGCGUGCUGGUCAACACCUACGAGUGGCUGGAUGCGAGGACCGUGAGCGCGCUCCGGGAGGGCGUGUGCGUCCCCGAUCGCCCGACCCCGCCGGUGUACUGCAUCGGGCCGCUGAUCGUCAAAGGCGCCGCGGCCGCGGCGGAAGGCGAGCGGCACGCAUGCCUGUCGUGGCUAGACGCGCAGCCGGAGCGGAGCGUCGUGUUCAUCUGCUUCGGCAGCCUGGGCGCCGUGUCUGCGGCGCAGCUGAAGGCGAUAGCCCAUGGGCUGGAGAGCUCGGGCCACCGCUUCCUGUGGGUUGUGCGGACUCCGCCUGAUGACCCGGCCAAGUUCUUCAUGCCGCGUCCGCCGCCAGACCUGGACGCCCUCCUGCCUGAGGGGUUCUUGGAGAGGACGCGCGACAGGGGGAUGGUGCUGAAGAUGUGGGCGCCGCAGGUGGAGGUGCUGCGGCACGCCGCUUCCGGCGUGUUCAUGACACAUUGUGGGUGGAACUCCGUCCUGGAAGCGGUGUCGGCCGGGGUGCCGAUGCUGUGCUGGCCGCAGUACGCGGAGCAGAGGCUGAACAAGGUGUUUGUGGUAGAGGAGAUGAAGGCUGGAUUGGUGAUGGAGGGGUACGACGAAGAGCUUGUGACGGCCGAUGAGGUGGAGAAGAAGGUGAGGCUGGUGCUGGAGUCGGAGGAAGGCUCGAAGCUCAGGCAGAGGCUUGCAAUGGCCAAGGAGAAGGCCGCUGAAGCGCUGGCUGACAGCGGGUCAUCCCAGACGGCGUUCAUCGAGUUCUUGCAGGAUCUGAAGCUCUCAAAGUGAUCGACCACAGAAGAUAGCAACAAGAUUGGAAUCGGAAUGUGUGGCUUUGAAGGUUUGCAUAAGUUCUCAUUGGGAUGACGAUAUGCUACGCAGAUUAGCUGCUUCAGUAAUUAUACUCUUGAAAAUGAUACAGCAUAGCUGGCUGUGCCUUGAAUUCCCAAACUGAAGCUGUGAAAAUGCUCUAUCCCAAUAUGUUGUUGUAACUUUCGUACAGUAAUAGAAAUAUAGAAUGCAUCGAUUCAGAAUUAA